GGUACAAGAUUUCAGCGCUCGAUGUCGAGCAAGCGGUGAUGGAGCACCCGCAGAUCAUGGAGUGCGCCGUUUACGGGGUUGCGGACGACACGUGGGGCCAGAUUGUGACGCUCGUCGCGCGCCCGUCCGACGCUAUUUCAGACGUGGCCAGUUUGUCGCCGCCCCUCGACGCCUUUCUCUCGGCACGCCUCGCCAGCUACAAGCGACCCCGCGUCGUCCAUCUCGUGCCGGCCAUUCCGAAGAAUGCCAUGGGCAAAAUCAACAAGAAGCAGCUGCCCGCGCUCUUUGAUACGGCGUAGCGACAAGGGAUACAUAGUUCUAUACUAGUCGACUAGGCGUCAAACUCGUCCAAGCUAUAACUCGACUCGGCGUGCAGCAGUGUUGCGUCCU